AUGCGGGAGAAAAGUGCCAGUGCUUCAGAAUUGAGCCUCAGACAAAGUUAUGAAUUGCCGUUUAGUUUCCGCUCUCAAAGGGAUUUUAACGCCGCACAAGAUCUGCUUCGAUCUCGAAGUGAAUGUUUUUUGGAAUCGAAGCGCGCGCGUGACAAACUCAUUCGCGAGGAGGAAAUAAAGAAUAGAACUCCAUGGGAUAUGAGACCUCCUGACUUCACACUACAACUCUAUCAGCCAAAGCCACCGAAAAGAAACAGUAGAUAUGCCAUGAUACCCGGUUACAACGAGGACGAAUGGAACAAAAAAGCCAGAGAGAAGAGGAGGCAGCGAGUACAGUUCGAACCUAUCCCGCUACCAAAAAUUCUACAACCACCAGUAUCGGAUAAACCACCUUUCAGUACCCAGUUCCGUAUUCCUGAUUCUCAUCAAGCUAAAAUAAUGUAUGUGAGGAAUGGUAUUCACAGGAGGGAACCUUAUACUGCACCAGGACCACAUGCCUUCAGAGGAGAUGAUUUCAGGCCGGUAAGUACUUCGGCUGGCGGAAAUUAAUACUUUUGUCUGCGUGAACCCAUUUGCUGGUGAUUUUUGUGGUUCAUUUACAGUUAUAUGUCCUUUGUUCCUGUGUACGUUUCUGAAGGAUAAUGAGUUGAAAACAAAGGAGGUAAAAAUUGAACCAUGGUAGUGACACAAGGCGAAUUUAUACAGAAACAAAGGUGGUGGACAAAACAGUGACCGCAUUCCAUGGACUACCUCCAUGGACUACGCCGCUGAAGUUAAGUGAUUAUAGUGUUAGGAGACUGAGUGAAUCAGGUUCCAUUUAGGGUCAUUAUAAUGGGAAAACUGACCUGAAACUAACUGAUUCACUCAGUUUCCUAACCUUGAUCACUAGUCCUUAUGGGUACGUACGUUAUACAUAGAGGUAGUCCAUGGACUGGGGGGUCAGUGUUUUGUCCACUUAAAAGGAAUUAUCCAUCGGAGGGCUUGUUUAUAUGAGGUGAGAGCCAAGCUUGCUCAGUUCAUGGCUUAUUUCCUCUUAAAAUUGUUGUCGUGUUUAUAUGAGAAGGCAGGCUAGCUUGCUUGCCGAGAUCUCAGCUAGAAAAUCAACUGGAGAAUUUGUCUCUGGUAUAAAUUCUGCCACUGCGUGUUGACUCUGCACAGAGCUCCCAAUCAGCUAAGUUCCCUGUACAGGGUGGGCAUGUGCCAACCUUGGACCGGCCAUAUUAAGGGAGUGCCAUAUUCAUUCACUUUAACAAGGUUUCAUUAGCCUGCUUAGCAGGUGGAGAUUAGUUUUUUUGUUCCUUUUUCUCUCCUUGUGAGAGAGUGCGUCCUCUAUAUAAUUUCAAAGGAGAGAAAGAGAGAGAAAAAAGAAAGAAAAGUACCAAAUUGUGAACAAAAGUCAGAUAUUAUCUCAGAAGUAAUGUCUUUAUAUACUUAGAAGCUGGCCCAAUAUUACUAUUAUUUUUUUCAUUAUAUACUUCUGUCAAUAUCGAUGUAGCUGGAAAAUCCAAAAAAGUAUGGCCUGCCAGAGUUCACCACUGACUAUGAACAUGACCCUGGGAAUCUCAAGUUCCACUCAAGAAACUUGAAUGUAUUGUAUGAUCGUAAGUAAAACUGUUGCAGUGUUUUCUUUUUCCUUUUCCUUUUUGUGGUUAUUAAAAUAUCCUAUCACAUUACUGCCACAUUUCCAAAAUGGUGUAAUAAUGUUGAUUGUUUUUCUUAAAUUUUAAAUAUUUCAACAAAAAUUAAUUUCAUUAUUAUUUUUUUUUUAUCAUCUAGCCUACAAAGACCAGGACUUCUUGAAUUCUAAAGAUGGCUACAGAAAACAGAUGAUAACUUACAAAGAGAGAGAUCCAGAAUGGGAAUCAUCACUUAUCUUGACAAAAGGGGUAGGUACACUGGCUGCAAGCUGACUGCAGAUUGAUUUUGAUUGGGCCACAUCGAUAACUGUUUUUAAUGAGGUUCUGAAAGGCUGACCAUUUUUAACACACUCCCCUGGGCAGGGAGGGGUGGAGUGGGGUCUUCGCCAUUAAAAAUAGCUGUGCAAGACUUUCCAUUGCAAGGUAAAGCAUCAGUUAAUUCCAGCUGCACCAAAUUCGAGAACAUGCCUUUACAACCCUCUUCAAUUUAUUCCUGUCCUUGACAGAUGAGCCAAUCUCCUUUUUUGCCAGUAAAACCUUCUGUGUAGUUAUAUUCUGAUAAGAAACCAUGUGCGUGUCAAAAGCUUGGGAAUGGCCCCAGGGUUGGCAAAUGCCUGGCCCCCGGGCAGUGCAAAAUUUGCAAAUGCCCCCAGGACUGACAAGGUGGGCAAAUGCCCCACAGUGGCCCAGGAGGGGAGGGGGGCUGGGUGCAGCUGGAAUUGACUGUUGCAUAAUGGAUAGAUACCAGUGUUUUCUGGAACCACCUAAUAAUGGUACCUUGUUAUCUACUGGUUCUUGCAUAAAACCUUUAAUAUUAAAGGGAUCAAACUUCUAAGCUAUAGAAUGUCUCUUUCCUUGAGCAUGCCAUAAACUUCAUUCGAUUAGGAAAACACUCAACCUCUUCAACCAUCAAGAACACAUCAUCGCCAUCACCAUCAGAUUAUCAUCAUUAUUAUCACUGUUAUCACCUGUCCAGUGACCUUGACUUCGAUACCGCAUGCAGUAAGUUACAUCUCUACUGGGAUGAAUACUUCUAAAUAUUUUUGUAUUAAAGUAUGAACCCUGAUGUUCACAUCACAUUAAAUCAUUUUUAUAACCAGCCAUACAAGAGAGGACGUUCAGCAAAGAGUGCUCUGAUGGACAGGAUAGCUCAACAGCUACCAUGGUGCUCAGAUCGCGACAAGUUGGAGGAACUAAGAAGACCGGAUAUCUUUGACUACAAAACAGUGGAUUGGCUUGAUGUGACAGCCCACGGAAAAGAACUCAACCGGAUAUGA